CUUCUCUGACAGGAAAAGAUUACCAUGGAGAAGUUGGCCGUCCUUCUGCUUCUGAGUGCUGCCAUUGCACUGGGCGACGCAAACCUGACCCAGCUGCUUGGUUUAGAACCCUUACUGAAGACUGAGGUGGAACAGACUCCUCCUGUCGGGGCUCAGGUAGCAGCAGUACAGCAGGGGACAAAGGAAAUGUCAUGUCCCUCAGACUGGCACCCAUAUGGAUCACGCUGUUUCAGGUUUGUCAGCAUUCCGCAGUCAUGGUCAGAUUCUGAGCAAAACUGUUUGGCACUUGGUGGAAACCUAGCAUCCGUGAAUAACCUUUUAGAGUACCAGUUCAUGCAAGCACUAACAAAGAAUACCAAUGGCCACUUACCUGAUACCUGGAUUGGAGGUUUUGAUGCAGUCAAGGAGGGCUUAUGGAUGUGGUCAGAUGGGUCCAGAUUUGACUACACUAACUGGAACAUUGGUCAGCCCAAUAACGCUGGAGAAGGAGAGGACUGUCUGCAGAUGAACGCUGCAAGUGAGAAGCUCCGGUUCGACGUGCCCUGUGAGUGGAAGUUUACAUCUCUCUGUUCCAGAAGAAUUUAGGCUAGGAAAUGACCCAUCUACUUCACCUCUCACCUCCAGGGGUCAACAGUCUACACUUCAAUACUCAAACCAAGAUCUGUCACUCAUAGCAGCUCACCAUUACCUAAACUUGUGAUGAAACUGUGUGAUGAUGCUAAUCCUGCUUUUGAAAUUAAAGAUAAAUGACUGAA